CUGGCCGUGCGCGUACCCGUUGCGCGGUGGGUGACGGGCCGUUGAUGCCGGCUAUGAGUGAGGAGGCCACGGGCUUAGGGUUAAUUUGCGGCAGCGGCGACUGAGUGAGUGUCCGACCGACUGGCGGUGUCUGCCCACAGCCGGGCUGAAGCCUUUCCCCGCUGCCAGGCCAAGCGGAGAGCGGCAGGGCGGAAUUCUGACCCUAGAAUCAUUCCAAGAAGCCGAAUCCUCAGUCUGAUUGUUUCUGGGUAUUUGUGGGCUCGUGUCCAAACAAUUUAGUGGGAUGGAGCUGGCCCACAGCUUAUUGUUAAAUGAAGAAGCCCUGGCACAGAUAACUGAGGCAAAGAGGCCUGUGUUUAUCUUUGAAUGGUUACGAUUCUUGGACAAAGUACUGGUGGCUGCUAACAAGGUGGAUGUGAAAGAAAAGCAAAAGAAAUUGGUAGAACAACUGACUGAGCUGAUAAGCAGCUCCCCAGGCCCUCCCACACGCAAGCUGCUGGCUAAGAAUCUCGCUACUCUCUACAGCAUCGGGGAUACUUUCACUGUCUUCCAAACUUUGGAUAAAUGUAACGAAAUUGUCAAGAGUAAGGAUGACACAUCUUCCUACCUGCCUACCAAAUUAGCGGCCGUGGCCUGCAUUGGAGCGUUUUAUGAGAAGAUGGGUCGAAUGUUGGGUAGCUCCUUUCCAGAAACGGUCAGCAAUCUUUUAAAGGCCUUGAAAAGUGCAGAGUCACAGGGUCGCAGUGAGAUUCUGCUGAGCCUGCAGAAGGUACUAAAUGGCUUGGGUGGCGCAGCUGCUUCCUGCCACCGAGAUAUCUACAAAAAUGCCCGUUCAGGUUUGACUGACCGAUCCAUGGCUGUUCGGUGUGCGGUAGGUAAGUGCCUCCUGGAACUUCAGAAGGAAUCGGUCUUCAUGUGGACCACAGAACUGGAAAACCUAGCUACUCUUUGCUUUAAAGCCCUGGAGGGAUCUAAUUAUGGUGUCCGGGUUGCAGUAUCUAAGUUGCUCGGCACUGUCAUGGCAACAGCUUUAACACCUAAACAAGCAGCAGUGAUGCGGCAGAACGUGAAGCGUGCCACCCUGGAGGAGGUGUUGGAGUUGUUGGCAACAGGAUUCCUGCGUGGGGGUUCGGGAUUCCUGCGGAGCGGCGGAGAGAUGCUGAAAGGUGGCGGUUCUGUCAGCCGAGAGGUGCGAGUUGGCGUAACACAAGCGUACGUUGUUUUUGUCACCUCACUUGGGGGGCAGUGGCUAGAGCGUAACUUUGCAACAUUCCUUACCCAUGUACUGGAGCUUGUCUCCCAUCCCCGGGCCACCCAAAGCCAUGUGGAAGCAGUGUACUCUCGGCGUUGUGUCUCGUUCAUCCUUCGGGCGACCGUGGGCAGCAUCCUUGGUGAGAAGGCUCAGAUUGCAGCUGCGAAGGAGGUGUGCCAGGCAAUUGCCAAACAAAUGAAGACAGUGGAAUCUGUGGUGAAUGAUGCCAACAAUGACAAUAAAUCAGGAGCUGCUGAUGUAUCUGCCAGUCAGCAUGUGAUGGUUUGCGCCCUGCAGGAACUUGGCAGCCUGGUACAAAGUCUGAGUGCCACUGCCUCUCCUCUUCUCCAGGAACCCUCCAUUGGUCUUCUGGAGACGGUGACUUCUGUCUUGCUCCAUCCUAGUAUGGCAGCCAGGCUGGGAGCAGCCUGGUGCAUGCGCUGUAUAGCUGUGGCAUUGCCUUACCAGCUGACUCCACUGAUGGACAGCUGUGCAGAACGUAUCAACAGUCUCAAGACAUCACCAGAAGCUGUCACCGGGUACAGCUUCGCAAUGGCAGCAUUGCUGGGCAGUGUGCACCAGUGCCCCCUCGGAAUUCCUCAUGCCAAAGGAAAGAUGGUGGUGAGUAUUGCGGAGGACCUGUUGCGCACGGCUUCUCAGAACAGCCGCCUGUCACUGCAACGCACACAGGCUGGGUGGCUUCUCCUGGGAGCACUGAUGAGCCUAGGUCCUUCAGUUGUUCGCUAUCAUCUUCCCAAGAUGCUGCUGCUGUGGCGCAAUGUGUUUCCACGUUCCCUAAAAGAGCUGGAAGCGGAGAAGGCUCGAGGGGACUCCUUUACAUGGCAAGUGACCCUGGAGGGCCGAGCGGGUGCAUUGUGCGCUAUGAGGAGUUUCGUGGCUCACUGUCCUGAACUUCUCACCGAAGAUGUGAUUCGUAGACUAAUGACCCCCAUUGAAUGUGCCAUGCUGAUGUUGUCUCACAUCCCAUCAGUCAUAAAGGCCUAUGGAGCUCAGUUGAAGGCGAGUGCAGCAAUGGUGCGUUUGCGUCUCUAUGACAUCCUGGCUCUUCUGCCUCCAAAAACCUAUGAAGGAAGCUUCAACGCUCUGCUUCGAGAACUGGUUGCUGAAUUUACAUUGACUGACAAUUCUGCCAAUACAACUACUUCCCUAUUGCGGUCGCUCUGCCACUAUGAUGACAGUGUUCUCCUCGGUUCCUGGCUACAAGAAACGGACCAUAAGUCAAUUGAGGAUCAACUGCAGCCAAACAGUGCAUCAGGAAGCGGAGCCUUGGAGCAUGACCCAUCCUCGAUUUACCUGCGUAUCCCUGUGGGUGAGGCUGUGCCCGGGCCUCUUCCACUCGGUGUAUCGGUCAUUGAUGCCUCAGUUGCCCUCUUUGGUGUGGUAUUUCCUCAUGUCUCUUUCAAACAUCGGCUCCAGAUGUUGGAUCAUUUUGCUGAAUGCAUCAAGCAGGCAAAGGGGGUGCGUCAGCAGGCUGUACAGAUCAACAUCUUCACUGCUGUGCUCAGUGCACUGAAGGGUUUAGCAGAGAACAAGAGUACCCUGGGACCUGACGAGGUGCGGAAGUCGGCACUGGCACUGGUCAUGGGUGCUCUUGAUAACCCCAAUCCAAUUUUGCGGUGUGCUGCCGGGGAGGCUCUUGGGAGGAUGGCGCAGGUGGUUGGAGAGGCCACUUUCAUAGCCAGGAUGGCACAGCACAGUUUUGACAAACUGAAAUCUGCUCGCGAUGUGGUGUCUAGGACGGGGCAUUCACUUGCGCUCGGUUGCCUUCAUCGAUAUGUUGGUGGAAUAGGCUCUGGGCAACAUCUGAAGACAAGUGUCAGCAUCCUUUUGGCACUUGCACAGGACGGUACUUCCCCUGAAGUACAGACCUGGGCUCUUCACUCUCUGGCACUGAUUGUGGAUUCCAGUGGUCCCAUGUACCGUGGAUAUGUGGAGCCCACACUGUCGCUCGUCCUUACACUGCUGCUGACUGUUCCCCCAUCACACACCGAAGUGCACCAGUGUUUGGGCCGUUGUCUGGGUGCACUGAUCACCACCGUUGGACCAGAACUGCAAGGUAAUGGAGCUUCCACAUCUACAAUACGUUCUUCUUGCCUUGUGGGCUGUGCCAUCAUGCAAGACCAUUCUGACUCCCUCGCCCAGGCAGCAGCAAUAUCCUGUCUGCAGCAGCUUCAUAUGUUUGCACCACGUCACGUCAAUCUGUCCAGUCUGGUGCCCAAUCUCUGUGUCCACCUUUGCAGCUCUCACCUGCUGCUUCGGAGAGCAGCAGUUGCCUGCCUCCGCCAACUCGCUCAAAGGGAAGCAGCCGAGGUGUGUGCCUAUGCAAUGACUCUCGCCCGGAGUGUUGGAAACAAGGAAAGCAGUGGCAUUGAUGUAAAUAUCACAGAGACUGGCCUGGAAGGAGUGUUGUUUGGAAUGCUGGACCGUGAGACUGACCGCAAGCUGUGUGCUGACAUUCAUGACACUUUGGGCCACAUGCUUUCAUCCUUGGCAGUUCAAAAACUUUCGCAUUGGCUGAAGCUAUGUAAAGACGUCUUGGCUGCUUCAACUGAUGCAAGUGCCGUGGAUCAAUUAGAAGCAAUGAAAGAUGAAGAUGGAGAGAAAAAGGACGAGAUGGAUGAUGAGAUUAUGUUCACUAGCACGGGUGAUGAUGAGAAAUCCAAGCCCUGUGUUGCCCCACGAUGGGCCACCCGCGUGUUUGCUGCUGAGUGCCUGUGUCGUAUCAUCCUACUGUGUGAGAACACAGAUAAGGCACACUUCGAUCUCGCCAAGGCCAGGGCCUUGAGACUGAAGAGUCCCAAAAGUGAGCUGUUGGUGUUGCAUCUUUCUGACCUUAUUCGCAUGGCCUUCAUGGCUGCCACUGACCAUAGCAACCAGUUGAGAAUGGCCGGGCUUCAGGCACUCGAGGACAUCAUCAAGGAGUUUGCUUGUGUCCCGGAGCCCGAGUUUCCAGGUCAUGUGAUCUUGGAGCAGUAUCAGGCAAAUGUUGGAGCAGCCUUGAGGCCAGCCUUUUCCCAAGAUACUCCAUCUGACAUUACUGCUAAAGCCUGUCAGGUUUGCAGCACCUGGAUUGGAAGCGGGGUGGUUAGUGACCUGAAUGAUCUGCGCAGAGUUCACAAUCUGUUGGUAUCUUCUUUAGACAAGGUGCAAUCUGGAAAGGGCUCCCUGAGCCAAUUGUACAGCGAGAGUGCUACCACAAUGGAGAAGCUGGCUGUGCUUAAAGCUUGGGCAGAGGUCUAUAUUGUAGCCAUGAAGACCAAGAAGGAAGCAGAGACCAAGCCGGUGACAUCUAUGAAGAAUAAGGAUGAUGAUGAUGGCUUCGGUGCAGUGGACGAGCUCCCUCCAGAUAGCUUGAUUACAUUAGUUCAGCCCGAACUGCCCAUUCUCAGCUGCCUCUGGCUUGCUGCACUGAAGGACUAUGCCCUUUUAACUCUGCCAGCUGAAUUUGCAAGCCAGUUGCCAUCUGAUGGAGGUGCCUUCUAUACUCCGGAAACAAUCGACACUGCCCGGUUGCACUACCGCACUUCCUGGGCCCCAAUCUUGCAUGCAGUGGCGCUUUGGUUGAACAGCACAGGAUUCACUAUUGCGUGUGAGACAACGAGUCUGCCAGUUCACAGUGGGCCCAAGAACCAAGCAGGUACCUUUCCAGGUCAGGCUUCUGGAACUUCAAGCAAAACUUUGCAAGAGAUCAACACAGACCGACUCCAACUUAUUUUUGGUAUCAGUAUCGAGUUCCUGUGCUCUCCUCGGCCUGAGAAUCCCCUGGAACACGUAACAUCUUGCCUGAAGGCUCUUCAUACUUUGCUAGACUCCCGUUGUGCUAGAGCGUACAUUGGAGAAGAUCAGCUGCUCGCAGUUGAGCUUUUUAAUGUAUUACAUCGCCUUUUACUAACUUGUGGGCCUCCCUCUGUUCAACGACAAGUGACUAUGGUUGUACAGCAGACGAUCCGAGCUUCUCAGGAUCACCUCCAAGGGCUGGUGAAGAAGAAUCAUGAUGACAAAUGUGUGCCUGAGGAGAACCCGCUGACCAUUUUAGGAGAAGGAGGGAAAACCGGUGGCCUGAUUCCUGGCAAAUCCGUCGUUUUUGCCGCUUUGGAGCUGCUCAUGUUCAUUCUGGUACGACACCUCCCACAGCUGAAUCCAAAAGUGUCAGACUCUCCUAGUCAUGUUCUCAGCAAGACGCAGCCAUUAUCGGAAGAGAGCGCCCAGCUUGUAGCUGUCAGUGUUUCUAUCCUGGCUGACUUACCAUCACUUUGUUCUCCGACAGGAAGUAUGACUGUACUACCUACAAUCCUUUACCUGAUCACUGGUGUGCUGAGAGAAACAGCAGUAAAGUUGGCUGAUCACCAUGUGUCACUGCCAGUCAGUGCCGCACUGCAGGGGAUCAAAACUAUCAUAACUUCUCCACUAGCCAAAUCGGAACAAAUCCACAAGCAGUGGAAAGAUCUCGUCUGCAGCUCUCUGGCUUCCAUCUUGGAAUAUUCCAAACCGGAUGAAUCGAAGCCGAGCAUAGAUGACGUGAGCAUGCUCACAGCGAUUACCCUCUUCUUAUUGUCUGCCAGUGACGAGAUAGUUGGGAUUUCUUCCCUCCAGAAUGGUUGCGUUGAGAGAUUUGGAAGUGCUUUAAAUUCCAGAGACCCCUGGGUUCAAGCGAAAUGUUACCAGCUUCUGCUUUCAGUCUUCCAGCAGUCAAACCGAGCCCUCUCCUACCCGUACAUUCAUGCCUUGGCUCCACUGGUAGUCGAGAAACUGAAAGCAGUGGGGAAUCAGAAACCAGCCAACACUGCUGAACUUCAAGCAGUGCAAGAAGGAAUCAAAGUCCUUGAGACUCUGGUAAACCUCGCAGAAGAGCAAAACAGAACUCAGCUGCUUGCUCUUUUGGUUCCCACUCUCAUCUCAUACCUGCUGGAUGAGAAGACUUUCAGCUCAGCUCCCACGGCUUCCAGAGGUCUUCAUGAACUUGCUUUGCAGGAUCUCAUGCGCAUUGGUCCUCUCUACCCCAGCGCCUUCAAGGUGGUGAUGGGGGCAGCGCCCGAACUCAAAUCAAAGUUAGAGGCUGCAAUCCGAGCCAGCCAAGCCAGCUCCCGGGCCAAGGCUGCAACCCAGCAAGUGAAGCCAGCUGUGCAAGCUGCACCCACCAUCAAGCUGAAGACGAGCUUCUUCUAAAACAGGUGGAGAUGUUUUCACAUUGACUUAAAAAGCUACUGAAUGGUUCCACUUCCCCUUUACUGCUGUGCGAGUGUGAGAGUCGACUCCCCUGAUGUCUUCUGUACAGGUUUAUGGUUUCUGUUAGCUAUGUAAAUUGUUUAACAAAGAAAGCAAUUUGGGUUUAUUGGUUUAAAAACUGUUUGUGUAUAGGUAUAACAUUAUUAUAUCACAAAGUAUGUUAUAAAUAAAGAUGAAAAGAUUUUUUUUAAAAAGAGUAUUGUAAUAUUUUUUAUCAUUUACAGUGACCAAUCUGCUUCUAUAAAAAUUCAGUAUGUCCCCC